AUUAUUGGAGACGAUGCCGAAGUUUUGGGAGGGGUGGCGAAGGAGAAAACGGAGGAAGGGAGGGAAGUGAAGAAGAAGGGGGAGAUUGGAGAAGGAAAGAGGGAGGAGGAGUUGGGGCUUUGGUGUGGCCAGAAGCCUCUCCAGUCUCCUCCGAGGAAAGACUGACUGCUCCCAUCCCCACCGAAGCCCACUCCUCACCAGAGAGACCCAAACCAGCCUCCUUGCAAAGGAGAGGAAGACGACACCCCUCCGGCCUUGGGGUAACGCCGCCCGGAUAACGCCAACGCGUUCCUUUCCUUGCGUUCCCAACGGGAAGGUUUCCCAAGAAGACGCUUCUUUCAAGCCUCCAGGUCUCCUGGCUUCCCGGCACACAACCUCUCCAGCUCCUGAAGAAGAAGCAGGAGGAGGAAGAAGAAGAAGAGGAGGGAAGGGAGAAGAAGGCGACCCAGGGCCUCCCCUCCUUCCCGCCCGCCCAGCCCUCCCCCCUCCGGGAAUUUUGGCCCUCUUUCCUCGCCCCCACCCCAACUUUAGCAUGAUGUCUUAUCUCAAGCAACCACCUUACGCGGUCAACGGGCUGAGCCUCACCACCUCUGGCAUGGACCUCCUCCACCCCUCGGUUGGGUAUCCAGCCACUCCUCGGAAGCAGAGGAGGGAGCGCACCACCUUCACCCGGGCCCAGCUGGAUGUCCUCGAGGCCCUCUUCGCCAAGACCCGCUACCCGGACAUCUUCAUGCGGGAAGAGGUGGCCCUCAAAAUUAACCUGCCCGAGUCCAGGGUGCAGGUGUGGUUCAAAAACCGCCGAGCCAAGUGCCGCCAGCAGCAGCAACAGCAGCAGAACGGUGGCCAGAACAAGGUGAGGCCGGCCAAGAAGAAAAGUUCUCCGACCCGAGAGGUGAGCUCAGAGAGUGGGACCAGUGGGCAAUUCACGCCGCCGGCCAGCACCUCCAUCCCAACCAUUUCUAGCAGCAGCAGCAGUGCUCCUGUCUCCAUCUGGAGCCCAGCAUCCAUCUCGCCGCUCUCCGACCCCCUGUCCACCUCCUCCUCAUGCAUGCAGAGGUCCUACCCCAUGACCUACACUCAGGCUUCCGGCUACAGCCAAGGCUAUGCUGGCUCGACCUCCUACUUUGGAGGCAUGGACUGUGGAUCUUAUCUCACCCCUAUGCACCACCAGCUGCCCGGGCCGGGGGCCGCCCUGAGCCCCAUGGGCACCAACGCCGCCGUGGCCAGCCAUCUCAACCAGUCUCCAGCCUCCCUCUCCACCCAGGGCUACGGAGCUUCCAGUUUGGGCUUUAACUCAACUACCGAUUGCUUGGAUUAUAAAGACCAAACCGCCUCCUGGAAGCUAAACUUCAACGCUGACUGCUUGGAUUAUAAAGACCAGACCUCCUCCUGGAAGUUCCAGGUUUUGUGAAGGCCCUGCUUAGGAGGAACCCUUUGUGAUAAAUGAUGAUGAUGAUGAUGAUGAUGCUGUUGAUGAUAGUGUUAAGUGAUCACGUUGAUGAUGAUAAAUGAUGACAAGGAUACUGAGACAGGCCAGGCAGUUGUGGUCAGGUCUUUGGUUCCUAAACUCAAAGAGAAAUGCCAACAGGACACAAAAGACAUAAACUCGAGAAGAACAAAAACAAACGAAAGACCAUGGCCACAACCCUUUGACCCCCAAAUUUCAUCUCUCGCUCAGAAGCUCUGGAAGGAAAGACGAGAAGAAAAGGACGCCUUACAUGGACCAGAGAGCAGAUCCAUACAGACCGCUCUGUUCUUCCUAGUUGUAGCAAUUGAUGGGUUUGAAAUGGAAGACCAGUCUCACAAAAGGCCAGGGACUCCUUGUUUUGGGGGAAGGAAUGGGAGGGUCUUUCCUUCGUUAUUUUUUAUUUUUCAAAAGAAAUUGUCUAGAUUUGGGUUUGUUUGUUUUUCUUUUGUGUGUUUAUGGAACCCCCUCAUCCACGUUUCCAGUUUCCUGUUUGAUAUCAUCCUGAGUUUGUUUUGCUUUGGGCCCUUUUUUAAUUUUCAUAGUGAUUUCUCUCCCCAACCCUUCCACGGACAAUGUCUAUAUCUCUUUCUCUCCAACUCCUUCAGUUGCUUCAGGGGACAACCUUCGGCAAAGCUGGCUGCAGGAGAAAACAAAACGGGACAAGUGAAACAAAGCAGGAAAGGAAAGAAAAAUUGAAAUAAAUUGGAAGAGAAAGAACUCAGAGCUUAUGUGACUUUGUGGGACUGAUUGUCUUAGCUGCACUACUUUAUUUAAGAGGGAAAAAAUAAUAAAAGAAAAAAUAAUGUCCAUAAGGAGUCAAUAUGUAGUUUUUAAGAGACAAUCAGUGUGUGUCUUAUAUAAAUGGUACAUCUGUGAUUUUUUAAUCUGUGCUAGACUUUAAAACUGUGAUCUCCUGUAUUGUAUGCAACUAGGAACCCUAAACCAGCAGGGGGUUCUGCUGUGAUUUUAAAUAGGUUAUAAUUAACAUUGAAAUUUGAGCAACUGAGUUACAUAUGACCACGUGCGUCUCUCUCUUUCUCAUAUCCUCUCUCUUUUCAACAUUGCCUUUCACCAGAGGUCAACUGCACUGAAAAAAAAUACUUUUUACAACAAAGGACAAAAAAAAAUUGUCUCUGAAUGAAUGAGAUUUAAACGUAACAUACAAAUCCAUUCAUAAAUUUUAAAAAAAGGAUUUUUUAAAUUCAGCUGUAACACAGACAUUUACUAUUGGGGAAACUUAACAGUAAAGUUAUAUAUUUAAAGACAUUGGUCAAUUGCUCUGACCGUGAAUUUCUCUCCAAACAGAAGGAAACAAAAACAAAAUAAUUCAAUGUUGUUUUUAAUGCUUGCGGAUGUGAAAUGGAAACAAAACGAAACAAAACAAAAGAGAUAUAUAUGCCUAAACCUUUUUUUCCCUUUUUUUCUGGAUCUGGCAGAUGUAUAAUUAUAUUAAAAUGGUUCUAGCACAA